AUGGCCACUCCCGGUGCUCAGAUUUCCAAGCGCAGAAAGUUCGUAGCUGACGGUGUCUUCUACGCCGAGCUGAACGAGUUCUUCCAGCGCGAGCUGGCCGAGGAAGGCUACUCCGGCGUCGAGGUCCGCGUCACGCCCACCGUCACCGACAUCAUCAUUCGCGCCACGCACACGCAGGAGGUCCUCGGUGAGCAGGGCCGCCGCAUCCGCGAGCUCACCUCCCUCAUCCAGAAGCGCUUCAAGUUCCCCGAGAACAGCGUCUCCCUCUAUGCCGCCAAGGUCCAGAACCGCGGUCUGUCCGCCGUCGCCCAGUGCGAGUCGCUGCGCUACAAGCUGCUGAACGGUCUGGCCGUCCGCCGCGCCUGCUACGGUGUCCUGCGCUUCAUCAUGGAGAGCGGCGCCAAGGGUUGCGAGGUCGUCGUCUCGGGUAAGCUGCGUGCCGCCCGCGCCAAGAGCAUGAAGUUCACCGACGGCUUCAUGAUCCACUCCGGUCAGCCCGCCCGCGACUUCAUCGACCACGCCACUCGUCACGUCCUGCUGCGACAAGGUGUGCUGGGUAUCAAGGUCAAGAUCAUGCGCGGCUCCGACCCCGAAGGCAAGGCCGGCCCGUCCAAGUCCCUGCCCGACGCCGUCACCAUCAUCGAGCCCAAGGAGGAGUCGAGCAUCGUCACCCCCAUGAGCCAGGACUACGGUGCCAAGGCUGCACAGGUCCAGGCCCAGGCCGAGGCCGCCCGCGCUGCCGAGGAGGGUGGUGAAGAGGAGGCCGCUCCGGCCGAAGAAUAG